AAAUAUUCAACAAUAAAUAUAAUAAAAGAUUAAAUUUGACACCCUGUAUUUCGGUUGUUAUUAUCAACUUUCGUACUAAGGUAAGUUAGCUUAAAUCGACCUAUUUUAAGCUCAGAAAUCUAAGUUUAAGCUAUGACCCAAUCUUUACCAAACACCCUGUAUUCAAAUUUAUUAAUUUUGUAAAGCAAACAAAUUAAGUACCUAGUUUGUCAGUUUGUUUACAUAUAGAGAACUGUCAAAGCGUAUGCAUUUGACUCGACAUUGGUCACUGCGAGUGUGCCACCUUUAUCGCGAAUGCCAUAUCGCGAUUCUAUUGGUUAAAAAUCUGUAUCGUAAUGAAAAUCUGUAUCAUAAUGAAGUUCAUUAUGAUCCAGGUAGUGAAAUCAUAAUUGACAUAAUAUAUUGUAUGACAAUAGAAAAAGUAGUUGUAUAGUAUAGUGGCUUUAAUAUAUUUUUUAAAUAAAUAAAAAUGCAGUGUUUUUUGUGUAAACAUUUAAGUGCCCAAACAAAAGAUUUUAAAGGUAUCCAGGAUAAAGUAAAAGAAUUCUCUAAUAAAACGUGGUUGUCAUGUACUACAUCUUUGAAAGCCCGUCAACAACAUCAGCAUCAAUGGAAUGAUGUUGAAUUGCCAGAAAAUUGGGAUAAUAAUGAAAUAGGAUAUCAUUCACAAUGUUAUAAAAAAUUUAUUGUUAAAAAACAAUUUCUUCUUCCUGAAAGUGAGACUCCCUCAACAUCAGUGGGUGCAACAAUUUCGUCUGUUGAUGAAGCAGAUAACUUGAAAACAAAUUCUUCAAAUUUAUCCACUUCAUGGUUGGUUUGUGAAGCAGCAGUGUCAUAUUUAUCGACUGAAGAUUAUUCGACUAACUCGUCUUUUUCAUCGGCAGCAAUUAAUUUGGAACCAGUUAAUGUUUCUGUUAAAUGUACAAGACAACAAUUAUCGAGAGAUGCAGAUGACAUUGAAAAUGCAGAUGAAAUGGAGGUGGAUAAUGACAUUGUUGAUGAUAGUAUCGUUGAAAAUGAACAAAAAUGUCAAGAAAAAUGUUUUUUUUGUGGAAACAUAAGUAUUAAAUGGAAAGGACGCAAAUUAUAUUGUAGCCAAACAAAACAUAAAAUCAGAUUUUUUGAUAGAAUUCGAAGCUACGCAACUGAAAUGAAUGAUGUAGAAAUGCUAAUGUCAAUUCACGAAGAAGUAAAUAAUGAAAAUAUUAUGUUAUUCUAUCAUCAAAGAUGCAGUUUAAAAUAUUUUUCAAAUUUUAAAGCUUAUACAAACAAACCACCUACAACUAUUUGGACAGAUACACGUGGUUACAACGAGAUUGCUCCAGUUAUCUUGAUUAGGGGCGAAAUUAGUAAGCCCAUACCUUUAAAAGAAGUGUCUGGUUCUGGAACUUUUUCGGGAGUGAAUGGUACCAUAUUUUCAUCUUCGCUGUAUAUAUCAUCAGAUGUACUAUCAUGA